CUAGGCUGUGCACGCCCCUCCUGAUGGGGCAACUGGGCUCCGCACCCAGUCACCAAGUCAGUCGUGAAGUUUUAAUAUUUCAGAGAUCACCUGUAAAGGUCAUGAUGAAACUUUAAUGAUCCCCGCGGAGGUAUUGGAUAAUAUCAACCAUGGCGAGGUCAAAGGCGAGGGUGUACACUUGUUGCGCACUGAUGCUGUUUUUCGUGGUUGCUGUCAUUGUGUGUAUUUCUGUGCUUGUGAGGCACAAAAAUAAGUGUCCAGACAGCACCUUCUCACGCGCUGCAGUGGCCGCCGACUCUGGGAAAUGUUCACAGAUUGGACGGGACAUACUUCAAAAAGGGGGCUCAGCGGUAGAUGGCGCCAUCGCUGCGCUGCUGUGCACCUCCGUCAUGAACCCACAGAGUAUGGGCAUCGGAGGGGGAUCCAUAUUCACGGUGAUGGACAGCUCUGGCAAAGUGAAAAUCAUCAACUCCAGAGAGACUGUACCAGGGAAGUUUAAAUCUGAUCUGCUGAAGUCAUGUCCCAACACCUUCCAGCUGAUAUCAGGCAGCCAAUGGAUUGGGGUUCCGGGGGAAAUUCGGGGUUAUGAACAGGCACACAGACUUUAUGGGAAGUUGCCGUGGGCAACCCUCUUCCAGCCAACCAUCCAACUGGCCAGAGAAGGGUUUCCUAUUCCUCCCAUCCAAGGUCGAUACAUCCAGUACGUUGUUACAAACCAGACCCAGCCACUACGAAAGUUGUACACAGAUAAGAAUGGGAACUUGCUGACGACUGGUGAUAUUGUAAAGUUUGAGAAACUGGCCGACACGUUGGAGAUGAUAGCAAACCACGGGGCAGAUGCUUUUUACACGGGAAAAAUAGCAGAGGAUUUAAUCCGUGACAUACAGGAGGCAGGAGGAACACUCACGAUGAAGGACCUGGGAUUGUAUAGAGCUACGGUGACUGAUGCGUGGGCUGUUCCUUUGGGAGCGUACCAGAUGUACAUCCCCCCACCCCCUGCAGGAGGCAUCAUCUUCAGCUUCAUCCUGAACGUCAUGAAAGGAUAUAAAUUGAGUCCAGCAUCUCUGAUGGGGGAACAAAAGACACUGACCUAUCAUCGCCUUGUUGAAGCUUUUAAGUUUGCCAACGGAUUAAAGAAACACAUCCGUGAUCCAAACUUCAGCUCAAAAGAAAUGGCCAGGAAAUUCACAGAGGACAGCUUCGCCGAGCACAUACGGAGCUUAAUCAGCAGCAACGCAACUCAUGAUCCCCAGUAUUACAACAUCACCUCGUAUCUGGACAGCAUGGGCACCACGCAUGUGUCUGUGCUGGCUGAGGACGGAUCUGCUGUGUCUGUCACCAGCACCAUCAACCACAUAUUUGGCUCCAAGGUCUUCUCUCCAAGAACUGGAGUCAUCCUCAACAACGAGCUGUCUGACUUCUGUGGCAGAGUUGAAAACAUCUUUCCUGGGGAGCAGCCUCCAUCCUCCAUGACCCCCGCUGUGCUGAAGUCUCAGUCCAAGACGCUGGUGAUUGGAUCAACUGGUGGGAGCAUGAUCACGACUGCGAUGGCCUCAGUGCUCAUGAACCACCUUUGGUUUGGAAAGAGCCUCAAGGAGGCAAUUGCUGCUCCGGUCGUGUUUGUUGACUCUCAAAAUGCAGUGAAUUUUGAGCCCAGAUUUGAUAAGGAUGUUAUUGAGGCUCUGAAGGCUCGGGGACACAAACAUGAAACCGCAAAACAUUUCUAUAACGUGGUCAAUGCCGUGGAGAAGGAGGACGGCUGCAUCUGUGCUGUAUCUGAUGCCAGGAAAAUGGGCGAAGCAGCCGGUUACUGAGACCAAGAGCCAUUGACAGUAGUUACACAGGGUGGCGUGAACAUUACAGAGACAUUCUGCAGCCCCGAAACCACAACUGAACACUCCCAGUACAUGUAGCAGGUAAGCACGUGGCCUACGGACAGAAGUGACAGUGACAUGAUGGAUUUUACUGUGCACAAACAAAUAACUGUGACUGCUCUUGUUAUUAUUUUCUUUUGUAAAAAAAUGUUCAUUCCAUGUUUUCACAGAUUUCACAUUCAUGUUAAUAUCUGAGACUUAAAAUACAUAGCAGGCUAUUUCAGAUGGUCUCAUUCAGUUAAUAACUUGUUCAACCUUCUGGUUUUUCAUACUUAGUAUGUUAUUCAUUAGUACUGGAGUUAUUCUGUAACCUUUACCCUAUAAGGUAUUGUAGCACUGUGUAUUGAAUAUACAGUGAAUGAAAUAUAGAUGUUGUGUAUAAUAUUCAAAUAAAAUAUUUUUUGCACAUGA